AUAGACAAGAUAAACCAUUAAAAUGUCAAAGUGAUAGCAUAGAUUUUAUGUACCUACAAAUACAUUAAUUAUUAAUAUAAAAUAACUCUUUAAACUGCGCUUGAUUUUGUCAAAUUGAGACCUAACUAGCCUUUUUAUCGUAAUACAGUUAAAAUAUUGUUAGUACUAUAUGACCGCGUAGACUAUUCCAUCAAGUACUUAGGAGUUCAGGACAACUCCUAAAAUUGCUCGGCAUUUUGUGACCUGAAGAUUGAAAUUGUUUCGCUUUGUCUCCGCUGGAUAUUGACCCGACGGCAAAUAUGUCGGGUGACCACAAAACCUUGAUAAAAGGGAGCCCAUCCCAAUACGUGAAACUAAAUGUGGGCGGGACGUUAUUUUAUACCACCAUCGGAACCCUGACGAAGAGUGAUAACAUGCUCAGAACUAUGUUUAGUGGCAGGAUGGAAGUGCUUACUGACUCGGAGGGCUGGAUAUUGAUUGAUCGCUGUGGGAAGCAUUUCGGUACAAUACUGAAUUACCUGCGUGAUGGCACGGUGGCGCUGCCGGACAGCUACCGCGAGAUCAUGGAGCUGCUGGCCGAAGCCAAGUACUUCCUCAUUGAAGAGCUGACCGAAUCCUGCCAGCAAGCAUUGCAGAAGAAAGAGAGGGAGGCUGAACCUAUAUGCAGAGUGCCCCUCAUCACAUCCCACAAGGAGGAGCAGCUUCUUAUCAUGUCUACUUCUAAGCCUGUUGUGAAGCUACUAAUAAAUCGUCACAACAACAAGUACUCCUACACAAAUACGUCAGACGAUAACCUGCUGAAGAACAUUGAACUGUUUGACAAACUCUCACUACGCUUUAGUGGAAGAGUGCUCUUCAUCAAAGAUGUCAUCGGCUCCAACGAAAUAUGCUGCUGGUCAUUCUUCGGACACGGUAAAAAAUGUGCUGAGGUGUGCUGCACAUCCAUUGUCUAUGCAACUGAUAAGAAACACACAAAAGUAGAGUUUCCGGAGGCUAGGAUUUAUGAGGAAUCACUUGGCAUUUUGUUGUAUGAGAGCCGGAACGGGCCUGAUCAGGACUUGAUACAAGCGACGUCGUCGCGGGGCGCGGUCGGCGGUCUGUCGUGCACCAGCGACGAGGAGGAAGAGCGCUCCGGGCUCGCGCGACUCAGAUCAAAUAAGCAGAAUAAUCAAUCUUAGCGGUUACAGUCGGGCUUGGCGCGCCUUCGUAGCUCUAAACGGACGAACGUCUGAUACCAAGCCGGGUUCUUCAUGCCCUUUUGCUGGCUGCCGUGCUUUGGUCUUUAGGAAGUUGUAUGCUGCGCCCGUCUGACGGGCCCUUUCUACACCUUGUGAGCUCUCUUUGAGAUGUGAAUGCAGUGAGAAGGAAUGAAAGCAAAAGAGGCAAUUUUAUAUUCCAAAUAAACUGGCAAUUAUUUGAUGGACAACUUUCUGUGUCUACAUGUCUUUGUGUUUAGUGAAUAUAAAGUAUAAAGAAAUAGUAUGUGUUAUGAAGAAAUAGUGCAAAAAGUGACAUAGACUAUUAUAAUUAUUGUAAAGUCCAAACAUAAAUAGUGUAAUGAAAUGUCCAGUAUACGAUUUUAAAGAAUUAUAGUAUGAACUGUAUGUACCUUUUGUUGGAUGCUUUAGUGUGCAUGUUUGUUGUAUUGUAAUGAAAUCUUUUCCAUUUCACUGUAGGUGUUUUAAAGAUGUAUGUGUAGGUGUGAUGCCUUAUUUAAUUAUAGUGACCGAAGUGUACCGCUGUAAACUAUAUUUAACUUGUAAAUGGUUUACAAUUUUAACCGUUAUGACAUUGUAAAACAUAUGACAGCAAUAGGCAUAAAGAGUGUGACCCGUCACCAGAAAGCCGUUCCUGUACAAUCGAAGGUACACUUUAUUUUUAAAACUAUAUAUGCUUAAAUUACAUGAAACUUGGCAUGAAUAUUUACGUGACAUAUCUGUCUAGAACUAAAAAAAAUAUACAACGAAAAUAGUGUGAAUAGAACCUUUGAAUAUAAAACUUCUACUCACACUAACUUCUUUGUAUUACAAUUUCUAGCAACAAAACUACUACCAGAGCCAGAAUUAGAUAUAUGUUACUUGAAUGUUUAUUUCAGGAUAUUGUUUUAAAAUAAGAGCGUAACUUGGAGAUUAUGGCGGUGGCUAGAUUGUUGUGCCUCUUAGUCGCCUUUACAUUGGUUAGACUAAUACAUUCAACAGUUGCUAAAAUUCAGGCGUUUUCGGCUUUUGAAUGUGCGCAGAGGUGGAAAUGUAAACGCGCCCUUAUGCUAAUAGUUGUCAUCAAGUGUCCCUACUUCUAACUUCAGAUACAUUUGCCUAUUUGACUAUCCAUGUACAGAAGCAUGAAGUAUGUUGUAGAGAUGCCACGAAUAUUCGGCAACUAUUCGGUAUUCGGCCACUUUGCCGAAAAUCCGGUAUUUGGCCGAAUGUUGCCUACUAUUCGGCCGAAUAUCUGUUGCACCUACCUAAGAAGAAAAAUUACACAAUAAAAAUACCCAAAAACUAGGUAUAUACAUAUAAUAUUUAGAAUGUAUUCUUGGAAAGCUAUUAAAUACGAAGACCCUUUUUGACCAUUUGUUGAUUACAAAGUAUUUUAUUUUUAUCAUGGGUCUGAUUUGAUUGACUAACUACAUUUAUUAAUUCUUUUCAACAAAAAAUAUAUCUUAGCAAACGUGUUUUGUUGGCGAACAGUUUUCAUAAUAGGUAAUUGUGACUCAAAAUGUUCGCUUGUCCUGCCGAAUAUUCGGCGAUUCGGCCGAAAGAGGGCCGAAUAUUCGGUAUUCAGCUAAAACCGCUAGUCGGGGCAUUUCUAGUAUGUUGUACAAGCAAUGUUCUACAUACCAUAACAGUAUAAAUUAUAUGUUAAGCUUAAAUGUCACUUACACAGCUCAAAUGUAUUGCCAAAUGGAUGUUUAGAAAAUAAGGUCCCAUUCCUGAAUUUACUUAGCAACACCUCACAUCUGCACCCAAACGUUUGUGAGACAGACUCAAGUUCAAUAAAAACUGGUAGUUACAUAUAGAAAUUCAGUGCAAAUUUUUUUUUUUUACUUAUGUACUGCAAACUUGCCAGCCAAUAUAGGUUAUUGACAUGAUCAUGAUUACAUUAGAUUCUAUUCACAAAAGUGUGACAGUGCCAGUGAUUACUGAUUAGUUGUAAUAUAAUAUUUGACUAUAUUUUACCAUCCUAAGGCACAAUGUUAUGGAAUGAAUACCAACAUUACAUAGUCUAGUCUAUUUAUGUUUCAUGUUCUAAAAAGAUUUAUUAAAAUAAUGUGAUUACCCAUUUUUAGAAUGCACGCCCUACCGUAUCUAUAGUAAUCUUUUAGACUUAGGUACAUGCAAACACAACAAAUGUCGAUACUUUUGCCCCGUUUAUGUGCGAUGUGUCUAUAAAAUUAUACGUGGGCGUAGGUACGUGGUAGAGGCGCGCAGGUUAAAUCUGGUUCAUUACUACCUUAUGGAUGUUUCGUAGAAACAGUGUAAAAUCCCUAUUUCACGAAAAUAGCCAAUUUAGUUUUCAGCCCAAUGGUGUGUAAUAUUAAUCUAAAAAUGAGUUCUCUUACUCAGACCUAGCAUUAUACUUUUUAAAAGUGACACAAUAAACGUAUUCAUAGAAUUGGACAUUUUCAGGCAGAUAGUCGAUGAAGGCAUUAUCUUUUUGAGUCUUCAUGCCUAUUAUUCUAGUGUUAACCAGAGUUAUUGAUAGUAGAAGAGGUAAAAACAAUCAAUCAGUGCUAACCCGUUAUACUUGCGUAUUUUUACAUGCAAUUAAUGUUCCUGGCUUGCGGUGCGAGGGUGGCGGGUAAUAAUUUUUGUUUUUAUUAGUAUGGAUUUCCGCAAAGUCUAGGAAAAAAUCGUGGCUCGAAAUUAUCGCUGGACGGCCCUUUGAAUUUGAAUUAUGCGGUAUUAGUUAUCGUUGUCAAAAGUUGACGCUUGAGAAUGGGGUUGGCACUUAACAACUGCUCUAAGGGUUGGCAACAAUGGCAAUCUGUGAAAGGUUUUGAUAGAUGACGCCAGCAUAGGCUUAACUGCCUCUAGUCAUUUAGUGUUGUUUUAUGAGAUUUGGUUCAAAGGGCUCGCAUCCAGAUCAUAAAAUAUUUAAGAGAAAAACAAGAAUUUAACAGUAUUCAUAGGACUGACAGGUAAAACCUAUGCUGGUGCCAUCUGUAAAAUACUUUCAUUGGCCCAGCCUAUUCUUAUAUAUAACACAAAACAUGGCGCCAUUUAUUUCAGCUUUCAAACUUGGGUGCACAAUUUUUUCUUGAAACCUCUUCUACGUUCAAUAACUUUCUGGUUUUAACUUUAACCGAAAAAGUGGCAACUUUUUUUUAGCUAAAAAGGUAAAAUUUUAUCAAAAACAAUGAAAGCUUUUAUUCUGUAACAAUCCACACUUGUAUUAAUCUAUUAUAAUUCCAUUGGUGUACGUAAAUUGAAGUAUUGUAUACAAUUUGUUCUAUUUAAAAACCUAUUUAAUUUUUAUGAAGUAAUUAUAUGCUCACUAUUUAGCUGUC